AUGUCGAGCCGAUUCUUCCGUGCCAUUUCUGACUCGGAGUCGGACUCUUCAGACGAAGAAGAGCUUCUCUCUGAUGAGGAGCAGGUGCAGUCGAAGUGGGGCACGAAGAAGCAGGACGACAGCGAUGACAGCGACGACAGCGAUGACGACGAUGACAGCGACGAAAACGACAGCGAAGAUGAGCCGCAGCAGGCGCGCAAGCCCAUGUCGCGCUUCAUGCGAGAUGCCUCGAGUGACAGUGAGAGUGAGGAAGAGGUGCGCAAGGUCAUCAAGAGCGCCAAGGACAAGCGCCUCGAUGAGUUCGAGGGCGUAGUCCAUGCGAUUGAGAACGCUCAGCCAGAAUUUGAUGGUAUGUUGCGUCUCUGCGACCGUCAGCGCACGCUGAAUGAGGCGAUCCCAACAUCGUUUAUCAAGUGUCUGUCGUCACUGGAGGAAUUUUUGAGCGCCUCGCUGGCCAACAAGGAAGCCACAAAGAAGAUGAAGGCGCCGAAUGCCAAGGCCAUGAACGGCAUGAAGUCGAAACUGAAGAAGGUCACGAAGGAGAACGAAGCGGCGCUCGCUCAGUUCAAAGAGGACCCAGAGGGCUACGAGACUAAGGUCCAGGCGGCCCAGCAGACCCCCGCCGUUCCCUCUGUGCUGACAAAGAAGAAGGAGAGCGCGGCGCCUGUCGUUGUGCCAGUGGCAGAGGAGGUGAACGAGGAAGAGUUCCAGACGAUUGGCAAGGACGGAAAGGCCUCGUUGUCCUCUGAUGCGCUAUUCAAAGGUCUUACAGCCGUGCUCGAGGCCCGAGGCCGCAAGAGCACCGAUCGUGGUGAGCAGAUCGCCACCCUGUCGAAGCUGUACAGCUCGGCGCAAACGCCAUACCAGCGCAUCCGCGUGCUUUUGACGCUGGUCGCGGCCCGCUUUGACUACAGCACAUCCGCCAAUGCCUACAUGCCGGUAGACAUGUGGAAGCAGGCGCGAGAGGAGCUCAACGUCCUGCUGCAGGUUCUGUUUGAGAACCCCUCUUACCUGGUUCUCGAACAAACAGAUGACUAUGAUGACGAGGUCGAGCGCAAGCCAAACGAGAAUGGAGAGGGUGCCUUUGUGCAUGUGCGUGGCAGUGUGGUGUCGUUCAUUGACCGCCUGGACGACGAGUUCACCAAGAGCCUGCAGCAGAUUGACCCCCACGCGACGGAAUACGUCGAGCGUUUGUGUGACGAGAAGCAGCUGUACCAGACGAUUGUACGUGGACAGAGCUACUUUGAGACGGUCCUGGCGCAAGACCUUCCGCCCAAGGUAGCGUCGAUGGUGGACGAGCCACUGCGCCGGUGUGUCAUGCGCCGUUUAGAGCAUAUCUACUCGAAACAAGAUGUGAUCAUUCUCGCGCUCGAGACGGCUAACCACGAGGCGCAGCCCAAUCUCCCCGCGUCUACCAUCACGCCGACGCUCGAUCAAGUGCGGGAGCGCCCCGACGGCCCGAUGCAGCUUGUGCAUGCACUCUGUGUGUUCCUGUAUCAGGGCACGGAAGAAUCGGGCGAGCGCCAGCGUACGCGCGCGAUCCUGUGCCAUGUGUACCACCACGCCCUGCAUGCAGACUACCAUGUGGCGCGGGACCGCUUCCUGAUGAGCCACCUGCAGGAGUCGGUGCAUCUGGCAGACGCUGACACGCAGAUUUUGUACAACCGCGUGCUCGUGCAGCUGGGUGUUUGUGCCUUCCGCGUCGGCCUGAUUCGCGAGUGCCACACGGCACUGCAGGAGAUCUUCACAACCGGUCGCGUCAAGGAGCUGCUUGCGCAGGGCGUUUCUAAGGGCAGCGCGUACAACACGGUGAGUGCCGAGCAGGAGAAGCUCGACCGCCAGCGCCAGCUGCCGUUCCACAUGCACAUCAACUUGGAGCUGCUCGAGUGUGUGUACCUUGUGGCCAGCAUGCUCCUUGAAGUUCCGAAUAUGGCGUACGCUGGCGCGGACCCCGAGCUGCGCAAGAAGAUCAUUUCGCGACCGUUCCGCCGCAUGCUGGACUACACUGACCGGCUUGUGUUCUCAGGCCCGCCUGAGAACACCCGCGACCAUAUUAUGCAAGCGAGCCGUGCGCUGCAGAAUGGCGAUUGGAAAGCGUGCACUGCGCUUGUGGAAUCGAUCAAGAUCUGGAAGCUCCUCGCCGACAAGGAUACGGUGCUGCAGCGCCUUUCCCGGCAUAUCCAAGAGGAAGGUCUGCGCACAUAUCUAUUCAACUUUGCGUCGCACUACGACUCGCUCUCGCUCGUACAUCUCGCCGAGACGUUCGAGCUGCCGGAGAACACGGUGCGCUCGAUUGUUAGCCGCAUGAUCUGGAACGACGAGCUGGCCGCGUCGCUUGACCCCACCGAGGCGAUGCUCCUGUUCCGGCGCAUGGAGCUCCACCGUGUGCAACAGUUGUCACUGGCGCUUGCGGAUCGGGCGCACGCCAUGCUCGAGCAGAACGAGUGGCUGCUCGACUCCAAGACGGACGACUCGCGCUCGCACCACUCUGGUCAUGGUGAUGGCAAGGGCGGCGAUGCGCGCGAUGGUCGACGCAAGGGCGGCCGGGGCCGCCCGCGCGUGCAGCUCCAGGCACCUGCGCUGGGCCAAAAAGUGUAG